AUGGCUGGAUUUCUUACAUGGCUCUGGAGGUAUAGGAAUUAUCUGGUGAUAGUUCUCACACCUCUUCUCCUGCUGCCUCUGCCGCUCGCCGUCCCCUCCUCGGAGGGAAAAUGUGGCUUCAUUAUCAUCCUCAUGGCUCUGUACUGGUGUACGGAGUGCAUUCCUCUGGCUGCCACGUCCUUACUUCCUGUCAUUCUUUUUCCUAUGAUGAAGAUCAUGGAGUCAGAUGAGGUGUGUAUCCAGUACCUGAAAGACUCCAAUAUGCUCUUCAUCGGCGGGUUGCUUGUGGCUAUUGCUGUAGAGCAUUGGAAUCUGCACAAGCGAAUUGCCCUGCAGGUUCUGCUUCUUGUCGGUGUCAAACCUUCGCUCCUGAUGAUAGGCUUCAUGGGCACGACGGCCUUCUUGUCUAUGUGGAUCAGCAACACAGCAUCCACAGCCAUGAUGCUGCCCAUCGCCAACGCCGUGCUGCAGCAGCUCAGUGACUCUGAGGCCAAUGCUGAAAAGAGAGCUGAUGAAUUCCAUGCCGCUAAGGAAGGUGUGGAAAAUCAGAGCUUUGAGAUGACCGACACUAAUGAAUCCAAGGAGGUCAAAUUAAAGGACAACAGGAUUGACAUGGAUCAUGGGAACAAGGACGUGACAGAUAUUGAUAUUUCAAAGUGUGGUGCUUGGAGUCCAGAGAUGGUGGAACAGCGUAGAAAAAGGCGGGAGCAGAAGUACACAAAUCUUACCAAGGGCAUGAGUCUGUCCGUCUGUUAUGCUGCAAGCAUCGGAGGGACCGCUACCCUAACUGGAACCACACCCAACGUCAUCAUGAAGGGCCAGAUCGAUAAACUUUUUCCAGAUAAUGGUGGUAUCAUCAAUUUUGCAAGCUGGUUUGGCUUCGCAUUUCCCAACAUGAUUCUCAUGUUGGCCUUAGCUUGGUUGUGGCUGCAGUUCAUGUUUCUGGGCUUCAAUUUGAAACAAUCAUUUGGAUGCGGUACAAAGAGCGCAGGUGACAAGGAGGCCUACCAGGUAAUCAAAGAUGAGUACAAAAAGUUGGGCAAGAUGAGCUUCGCAGAGGCCUGUGUGCUGGUUAUCUUCACGCUGCUGGUUCUUCUGUGGUUUACAAGGGAGCCUGGUUUCAUACCAGGCUGGGCCACUGUUCUCUUCAACCAAAAUAAAAAGUACGUCACAGAUGGAACGGUGGCCAUUUUAAUGUCAGCGCUCUUCUUCUGCAUCCCCUCCAAAUUUCCCAGAUGCGGCAGGACGUCUGAGGACGAGGGUCCCACUGAAGCUGCACCACCUCUGCUUACAUGGGAUGUUGUCCAUGAAAAAAUGCCCUGGAACAUCCUUUUGCUCCUGGGAGGAGGCUUUGCUUUAGCCCAUGGUAGUGAGGUGUCUGGACUGUCUAAAUGGUUGGGAGAAAGUCUCAUACCACUGCAGAGUAUCCCUCCUUUUGCUAUAUCCAUCUUGCUGUGUCUGUUGGUGGCCAUGUUCACGGAAUGUUCGAGCAACACUGCCACCACCACUCUGUUUCUACCUAUACUCGCCGCCAUGGCCACUGCUAUUAAGAUCCACCCAUUGUACGUGAUGUUUCCGUGCACCAUUGCUGCCUCGCUGGCUUUCAUGCUACCUGUGGCCACGCCUCCUAAUGCCAUCGCUUUCUCCUACGGCAACCUUAAAGUCAUGGACAUGGCUAAGGCCGGAUUCAUCCUGAACUUCCUUGGAGUUUUCACCAUCAACAUUGGCAUUAACACUUGGGGGGUGGCCAUGUUCGAUUUGAAAACCUUCCCUAGCUGGGCAAAUGUUACUUCACCUCCUUGA